AUGGGACGCAAGCGCGGCGCCGUGUGGAACGAAUUUGUGGAGCUUCCAGAGAACGGCGAGCCGCAGAUGAAGAUGCCACGCAUCGAGUGCAAACACUGCAAGGCGACAGUGUCCAAAUCUUCCAGCAGAGCUGUAUCCCAUAUUCGUUCGUGUCCAAAGUUCACAGGCGAGCUCCCAGAAUCAAACGAUGCAGACGAUCACCAUCUCGAAGCAGUGUACAUGAUGCGUGCACCUGCAGUCAAGGACGAGGACGUGAAGAAGUUUCAUCCCAUGAGUCGAAUGAUCGACCACACCCUGCUCAGGGCCGACGCCACGGCCGACGAUGUUUCCGUGCUGUGCAGAGAAGCCUUGGAAAACGGGUUCUACUCUGUAUGCGUCAAUGGCAUAUUCGCUGCCCACGCCCGUCAAGUACUCAACCUCCAUGAGAAGAAACGAAGCAAGCAGCGGCACUCGCAUUCCGUCAAAGUGUGUUGCGUUGUGGGGUUUCCCCUUGGAGCGUCCACGUCCGAGGUGAAGGCGUUCGAGGCAGCCCAAUACAUCGACGCCGGCGCCCAAGAAAUCGACAUGGUGAUCGCCGUGGGCAAGUUGAAAGGCGGCGACCACGCGUACGUGCUACGCGACAUCAGUGCGGUGGUCGCAGCAUGCAAGCGGCCCCACACGAACGCGGUCACGUGCAAAGUCAUCUUGGAAACGGCGCUGCUCACGGAAACCGAGGUCGAGAUCGCGUCGCGACUGGCCAUUUCGGCCGGCGCCGACUUCAUCAAGACCUCCACGGGGUUCUCCACGCGCGGCGCGUCCGUGCAUGAUGUCCAGGUGAUGGCGCGACUGGCGCGACCCCACAACGUCCAGGUCAAAGCCAGCGGCGGCAUCCGAUGCGUUGAGGAUGCGCAAUUGAUGCUCCAUGCAGGGGCGACGCGGUUAGGCACGUCGGCAGGCGUGGCGAUCACCAAGGGUGCAAAUCCCACUUCCCAGUUUCAAGCGUAGAUAUGACUGACACACAUGUGUUUUGAUUAACAUAUUGCGCGUGGGUGGUGGUUGUUGGUGCUAUUAUUCCUACAGAGGGGCGGCCGUGGUCAUCAAAGCGACAUGUUGUAGUCCGACACGACGGGAGGAGGCGUGGGAAGGUGGGCGAUGAUCAAGCCCGCAGACGUGCCCAGUCGCGUGGCGCCUGCUUGGAUCAAGAGCUGCGCCUGCUCCAUCGAGUGGAUGCCGCCGCUUGCUUUGACCUGGACGUUGCGAGGGUGUGCGAUUCGCGCCAUGGACUGAAUGUCGUGGACGGACGCGCCGCGCGUGGAGAAGCCCGUGGACGUCGUGACGAAAUCGGCACCCGUGGAGAUGGCCAAGUGACUCGCCGUUUCAAUCUCUGGGUCAGUCAGCAACGCGGUUUCCAAUAUGACUUUGCUCACGGCGCUGAACUUCUUGCACGCGGACACUACUGCACUGCACCACACGCAUAUAUAUGACAUUUAAGCCAAGAUGAACGACGAGG